AUGUCGAAAUCUAUUACUUCGGUCAGCUCGAAGGCGCAGUUCGACAAGCUGGUCAAGGAGACCCCCUAUGUCGUCGUAGACUUCUACGCCGACUGGUGCGGCCCCUGCAAGCAGAUCGCGCCCCUGUUCCAGCAGCUCUCCGAGACGGCCGCCGAGAUUGAAAGCGUCAAGUUCCUCAAGGUAGACACCGAGGCCAACAGCGAUGUCGCCGCCGCCCACCAGGUGACCGCCCUGCCGACCUUCAUGGUCUUCAAGAACGGCAAGGUCCUCGAGAAGAUCCAGGGCGCCGACCCCCGCAAGCUCCAAUCCGUUGUCCAGAGACUGGCCGCUGAGGUCCUCGCCGGCGGCGGCGCAUCGGGCGGUGCCAGCGGCAGCGGCAGCGGCAGCGGCAGCGGCGGUGUGUGGAAGGGCGCCGAGCUACCUCGCGGUUACCAGGACAUCACCGACCAGAUCGAGUCCAAGGGCUGCGAGCUCCUCAAUGCCGACGACGAUGCAGGCUCCGUGCGUGUUCUCUUCGACGGCAGCAAGCCCAGCGCGCUGGACAAGAAGGAGGGCGUCAAGGACUGGGUCGAGAGUGGCGAGGACGACCAGCUGCUCUUGUUCAUGCCUUUCCAGGCCAUGCUGAAGCUGCACACCUUGCACAUCACCUCGCUCCCUCCCUCCGAUGACGAUGACGAGGAUGCCCCGAUGCGCCCGCGCACCAUCCACCUCUACACGAACAAGCCACAUAACCUCGAUUUUGCCGAAGCCGACGACACGCCACCGACGCAAGUGAUAGAGCUGUCCGAGAAGGACUGGAACGCGUCGGGCACGGCCAACGUCAGCCUGCGUUACGUCAAGUUCCAGAACAUUACGAGCCUCGUACUGUAUGUGGUCAACGGCGACGGUGACGGCGACAAGGUGCGGCUGGAUCGCGUGCGCCUCGUCGGCGACAGCGGCGAGAAGCGUGAGAUGGGCAAGCUCGAGAAGAUUGGCGACGAGCCUGGCGAAUAG